AUGAAUAGUCCUUUUAUUAAAGAGAAGUCAAAUGAUUUGGACUAGCUGAAGAAGGCAGUUUCAGAUUAGAUGAAUGAUUAAUUCAUAGAGACUAUUUUCAAUGUGCAAAAAUAGAAUGAGGAAUAAGAACCAUAGAAAGAGUAAAAGUAACGAGUGAGAUAUACAGAGAAAUUAUCGAGAAUAUAUUAUUUGUAUUUGAAGUUGAUAAUGGGUCGAGAAUUGAAUGAUGAUGAAGAUGAAGAGUUUUUAGAAUAUAUGGAUCAUAGAUCAACUGAAAAAGGUAGAAUAUUAAAAAUGAAGAAAAGUUUUGAAUAUGUAGAUGAAUUUGAUUAUCAUAUGGGUGAUGUUAUUUUAAGGUUAUUUAUUUUGAUUAUGUAAUUAUAGUUUUCCAAAUCCUGAUUCAGAUGAGGUAGAAUGUGUAUAAUAAAUGUCUCCAAUGGAAGCAAUUACUUUAUGUAUGAAUAGUUUCAAUCUCAAAAAUAGUGGAACUGACUUUGAAGUCAUUGAUAAUUUAGUGUUUUUAAAAGCAAUUGAGGCUAGUUUAUUUAUGCUAGCUUAAGUUUUUGAUGAUGAUGAAGCUCCUAUAGAAGAAAUAGUUUAGGAUAGUGAAGAUGAUGAAGAGAAGUUAAAGAAUAAAAAAAAGAAAAAAACUAAAUUUAUACGUGCAGGAGGUGAAAAUGAUAAAAUAUCUAUGGCUGCAAAUAAAAUAGAUAAUAAAUUAAGAGCAAUUAAAUCUAGUGUUAGAGGAAAUAAAUUAUAAGCCAUUAAAGAAAUCUUUAAUUUAGAUUAUGAUAAAUUAAAUAAGAGUAAGACUAAGUAUAAAAUGGCUAAGGGAAAUUACUUUUAAUUUGAUAGUGUAAAAAAAGAAUGGGGUCGUACCAAAAAUGAUACAUAAGAUUUUACUACUCUUAUUAGACAUGUAGUUAUGAUUUAAUUAUCUAAAUCUGGUUUUAAUUCUAGAUAAUUUCUCUCAAGAGAUGGUUCAAUCAUUUUUAUUGUUCUAUAUUAAUGUGAUUAAAAUUUGGGUAUUGUUGCAUAAACACAUUCUAUUACUAAAUAAUUAUAUAUGCAAUUCUCAGAUUUGCUCUCCUUAGAACCUGUUGAUAAGAAUUUACGACCUCUUAGAUUAAAUAAUAGACUAUGGAGAGAUUAAGAAGAAUAUGCAACUGAAAAUCUCUCUGAAAAUUUUUUAUAUUUAAAACCUAAAAUUUAAGAAUUACUCAAAGAAAUUAAUUUUAAAAAAAUUGCAAGAGAAUUAAAUCUUUCAUAAAUGAAUUAAUAACUAUUUUCUAAAGAAGGAUCCGAAGAUAUUAUUGAAUUUGAUGGACCAACUGAUGCUAUGUGGUCAGCUUUUUAUUCUUAUCUUAUGUAUCUUAAAUAACCAAUGAAACAAUUAAGAGAAGAUUUUAGAAUUGAUAGUUAAUAUGCUUUAACUAUUAAUAAAUCGCCUUAUCAUUUAUAUAAAUAAAGAUUUCCGAAUGAUUAAAUGUUAGAAAAUUUAAAAAUGUCAGAAAUCAAAAAAUUAGAAGAAUUUGUAUCUGAAGAUUAAAUAGAACAAGAAAUUCAAUUACAUGGCAGACCUAAUGAUAUUUAUAGAGUUCUCAAAGGAAUAUAUAAUAUAGUAUUAGAAUAAAGACAAAUUUAAAAUAAAUACAGUCUUAUUAAAAGUUAUUUCCACAUACCAAGUUAUAAGAAAGUAACCAGUCGUUAGAUUAAAGCAUCAAAAAGAGAAACACUAGCCUUAAAUUACCUAAAUCUAUUAAGAGAAGGCAUAGAAGUUACAAAUUAUUAAAAUAGAUAAUUAUUUACUAUUUGGGAUAUUAUUGGAAUUGAACCUUUUGAGCCUUUUAUUCCUUAUAACAUUACACCUAAUAACAUAGCUUUUAGUCAAUAAAUUAGAAUGAAUUCAAUAUGGAAAAAAUAUAGAGUUACUGAAACUGGCAGAAUCUCUUUAUUUUCAACAAUGGAGAGAAUGAAACUAAAUAACUUAGCUUUAGGUGAACGAAUCAAUUUUUCUAUUCUAUUUUCUAGACAUUUAGCUAUUUCUGCAUUUUGUUUAACUGAUGAUUAUGAAUUGUUUGGAAAGACAAAUAAAAAUCUCUUUGAUCCUUUAUUUGAAGAAGAAUAUGAUCACGAAAUAAUCUUAAAGGAUGCUUAAUAUCAAUAUUUCUAUAGAGAAUUAAAACAUCUAGAAUCUUAAGAUAAAAGAGGACCUAAUAAAUAUAUUUAAAAUGAUUAUACUUAUGUGACUCCUAAAUUAGAAAAUUUAGCAUUCAUUUGGAGAUUUGAAUACAAAUAACCUUGGUUUAUUCCAACACAAUAAAUAAGAGAAUAUUAUGGUGAAAAAAUAGCAUUAUAUUUUACUUUUUUGGGUUAUUAUACAAUGAUGCUAUUGCCAAUAGGAUUUAUAGGAUUAAUUAUUAGUAUCAUACAACUAUUAGUUUGGAAUCAAAAUGAUUAUAAUUAUGUGAUGCCAUAAAUAGUUUUUGGAAUGAUUUAAAUAUAAUGGGCUAAUCUUAUGUAUGAUUUGUGGUAACAAAGAGAGAAAGUAUUUGCAGCAUAAUAUGGUUAAGGGGAAAGUGGAUCAGGUGAAUAAGCUUAAUAGAGAUCUGAUUUUGUUGGUAAUUAUGAAAGAUCUAUUGAGAAUGAUAAUUUAAAUACAUUAAAUUAUUCUGAUUUAAAAAAGUUUAUGAGAAUUGUGUUGACUCUAUUAAUUUAAAUUAGUAUUUUAGGAAUUUAUGUUGGAGUUGUUAUAGGAAUAUUCUUUAUUUCUGAAGAAUUUUAAAAAAGCUCUAGUAUUUCAGAUAUUAUUGGAAAUGAUAUAGUCUAAUUAUCAGUAACAGUUCCUGCAACAAUAAAUUUAGUAGUUAUUCUUAUUUUAGAUCCUUUUUUUGAUAAAACAGCAGGUUCAUUAACAGAUUAUGAAAAUCAUAAAACUAUAUCUGAAUAUGAAACGAAUUUUGUAUUUAAAAAGUAUUUUUUAUCAUUUUUUGCACUUUGUGGACCAGUUGUUGAAAUAAUGUUUGGACAUUAAGUAAUAUUAUUGUAUAUUUUAGAAAGUAGGUUUAACUUGUAUAAAUAAUGAUUGUUUAAAACAUGCUUAAUAUCAUUUCUCUUGUAUUUUUUUAAUAUAAUUUACAUUGAAUAUUUGGGAAAUAAUGAAACCUAAAAUAAUUGUUUUUAUGAGAUAAUUAAGUGAAAAGAAGGAAGAGAAAGCAAAAGAAGAUUAAUCUAAGAAACUUGCAUCUUAAGUUGAUGAGAUUAGAGGAGAUUAUGAUGAGGGUAGAAAUGAUGAUUUAAAUUCUUAAAAAUCCCCGAGUUUAUCACCAGAUAGAGGAUCAUCUAAAAAGAAUAAUGAUUAGGUAGUUUCUGAAUAGUAGGAUACUUAAAAGAAAGAAACAGUUACUAGAGAAACAAAUCCAUUUGAAAAGAUAAAUAAUUUUAUUGAGAAUGAAUUUUUAUACAAAGAAUCAUAUGUUAUAAGUCCUGAAAGAUAUGGUACUGUAGAUGAAUAUAUGGAAAUUACACUUUAAUAUUCUAUGUUGGUAUUAUUUGGUACAACGUUUCCUUUAUGUUUUUUUAUUGCAUUUAUAUGGAAUGUUGUUGAAUUGUAGACUGAUAAAUUAAAAUUACUGAAUGAUAUGUAAAGACCAUUACCUAUAGGUGAAUCAACUAUUGGAGUUUGGAAUGAUGUACUUGAAGGAUUGGCAUAUUUAUCAUUGGUUUCAAAUAGUGGUUUGAUUUCUUAUGCAAGAGAUAGAAUAGUUGAUUAUAAUCCCUCUAUAAGUCUUUUAGCUUUCUUUUUAAUUAUUUUGUUAUCUAAUUUCUUUUUAAGGUAUAUUGAGGGUUCAAUUUUCGGUGAAAUUCCUUAUGAAAUAUAGAAUUUAAUGCAAAGACAUUAAUAUUUAAUCAAAAGUACUAUUGAAAAAUUUAUGGGAUCAAGUGAAAAACAAGCAUCAGAUAAUUAAGGUGAUGAUGAUAUUAAAAGAUAUCCAACUUAAAAAAUAUAUGGUUGUUUAUUAUAAGAAUAGAAAACUAGUUAAUAUGAAGAAAUUAGUUCAGAUUCUGAUGUUGAAGAUUAUAUAGUGAAUAAAUAAAAAAAUAAAGAGAAACCAAAUACAAAUUCUCCUAGAAAUAUGAAAUCUUCUCCUAAAAGUGCUGGAAAAUAAGAAUUAACUAAAAAGAAAACCAAAUCUAAAUUAAGUACAUCUACUACCAUGGAGGAUGAAAAUGCAAAAAUAAAAAAGAAAAAGGAAUCAAUUGAUUCUUUAAAGAAAUAUUUAGCUGCCAGACCUUCUAAUUGGGCAAUGAAAUUUAAAUUAAAAGAUUCAAAUGAUCCAGAAAUUUAAUAAAAAUAAAAAGCUUUCUUUUUUAAGACUCUUAAAUUUCUUAAAAUGUUGAAUGAACUCAAUCCUCAUUAAAAAUUAUGGACUGAUGAUCGUUUUACAUAUAGAAAAUGUUUCCUUAGAAGACAUUUAGUAUUAAUUAGAAAUCUUGAUUGGAGAAAAACACUUAUAUUUUAAGAGAAUUAAUAAAAAUUAAGACAUGAUUUAAAAGAAAGUUAACAUGAAAAAUAUAGAAGAUAAUUGACAAUCUUAAAUUAAAAUUUAGAUAUUCAUUCUAAUUUUGUAGAAAAGAUGGAAAUUCUUAAAAAAAUAGAAGAAUAUGUUGAAAAACAUUUAUGGAUUGAUGGUCGUAAAACUAUUGUAUUUAAAGUCUAAGGAGUAUGGUUUAGUUAAUAUCGUAAAAGUACAAGAAAAUAACCAGCUAUUGCAAUUGCUAAAAAUUAUGAAAAAUUACUCAUGAAUUAUAAAUAGGUUUUUAAAUAAUAAGGAAAAGAAUUUGAUUCCAAACCUAUUGAUGAACGAUUCUAUACAUACAUAAAUAACAUGACUCAAACUUAAAUCUAAAAUUAUAGUGAUGAAGACUAUUUAAAAUUUGUUGAUUCAAUUUAGUUAGCACCUAAAACUAAUUUGUAAUUCCCUUUGACAUCUAAAGGAGUUAGUUAAGUUGAAUAAGAAUUAGAUGCUUAUAUUGGAUUAGAUCUUAGAAAGUAAUUUAAUUUAAUGAAUUUUACUUAUAUUCCUUUUAGAAUUUAAGCACCUCAAGUUUCUCUGUUGAGAAAUUAAAUUUGGAAUUAAUUUAUUAAUUAAUAAAUUGCUAAAGAAUAACCAACAUUAUAUUUUAUUGUCCCUUUAGAUACUAAGAAAUCCUUACAUACAGCAACUUUAGAAUAUAAUGUAUUUGCUGCUAAAUAACAGUUGUAUAGAUGGUUAGUAUCAUAAAUUCAAAAACCUAAAUUAGCUGAUGUGUAAGUCUUUUUUUAAACUGAAAUUCUUUUUCAUAGAACAUUACAUUAAGAUAUUAUUAAUAGAGUAGCUAGAUUCUAUGAAAAAAUAACAGAUAUUAAAUAUAUGGAAUUGUAAUUAAAGAUACCUAUUGCUCCUCUAAAGUAUUUAAAAAUAACAAAUGAAGAUCCUAUUAUAAAUAUAAGAGAUCCAGUUAUCAAAGGCUAUUUGAGUAGAGCUUAUGGAGCACCUAAAGGUUUUAGUAUUUGUAAUGGUAAGACUUUUAAGGAAGUCUUAUUAAGUAGAACUAGUUAUUAUAGUGAUUAAGAGAUUUGUGAAUUUUUAGUAAGUGUUUUAGAUACAUUGUCUUUUGUUGAAUGUGAAUAAGGUAUGUAUCAUGGCAAUAUAAAUUUAUCUACUAUCAUGUUAAUUAAGAAUUAAUAACCAAAUGAUAUUUGGUAUACAUAUAGUUUGGUAGAUUUUGGAAUGUUUUAUUGGUAUGAUUAUGUUGUAGAAUAAGUAUAUUUUACCAGAGCUAUUGAAUAAAAUGAUGAAUUAUGGUACAUGAGUCCAGAAUUAAUCACAAAUUAUUUGAAUCCAAAAUUUUAGAUAGCUAUUUCUCCUCAAAAAUGUGAUGCUUAUUCAUUAGGUAUGGUUGGUUUAUAAAUGGCAACUCUUGGAAAGAUGGGUGUAUAGAUUGAGUAAUUGUUGAAAGAUCAAGAAGGGGAUGUAGAAAGGGCUGUAAAAAGAUGGAUAGUGAAUAGUAAGUAAUAAUUAACUAUGAAAUAUCCAAAUACUAUGAAUUUAGUAUUAUAAUUAAUUAAUCCAGAUUAAAUGCAAAGAUAGUUUCCUAGUUAGAUAUAUUAGAAACAUAAAAAUUAAUAGUCAUACAAAGAGACAGAAGCGAGAAUUAAUUUUGAUGAAGCUUUAUUUCAUUAAAUAAGAUAGAAUACAAAUCCUAAGAUUACUAAGGAUUAGAUGGUUCGUAUAUUUGAUGGGAAAAAUACUCAUCUUAAUGUAAAUGUGAAGGAUAAGAUUUCAAUUUAAGAAUAUUUAAAAUAGAAUAUAUAUAAAUUUGAACAGCAUUUGAAAUUAUAGUAAUUAGAUUAAUUGGAAGAACAAAUAGAAGCAUUUGAGAAAAAUAUGUUAAGUUAAUUUUUUUAUCAAUUGCCAUAUGCUAAAGAAACUGGAGAUAUUUUAUCUUGUAUUGAAAACUAUUGCAAUAAUUAAGUGUAUGAAAUAUUGGGUAAUAACAUACAUGAAUUUAAAUACAUGGUACUUUAUUUAUUGAGUAAAGUAUAAUUACACAUAAUGAAAUAGGAUUAUCGUUUUGCAUAAUAACUAUCUUUAAAAUCAUAAGAAAUAAUAAAAGGAGUUGAGAUUACUUGUGUGCAUCUAUUACAUGAUAUUACAAAAACAGAAGAAGAACGUUAGAAAAUUUAGAAUGUCCAUUUAUCAAUAGCAAAUAGAGAGUAAUUGUAUGAAUUGUAGGUUUCAAAAGAUCUAUUGAUAAAGAAUUGUAAAGAUGAUAAAAAUAAACUCAAAGAUGUGAAAUAAUUACCAUAUAAAUUAAAAUAAUAUGGUCAUUUCUUUCAGUAAGCUUUAGUUUAGAUAUACUAUCUUUAAUAGCAUUAUUAAUUGGCUCAUGAUAUUUCAGAAGAAUUCAUUAUAGAUACAUCAGGAGAAAUAGUACAUGAUGUAAAACAUUCUAAAAAGAACCAAUAAGGAUAAUUUAUAAUUAAAGAAGAUAUUCUUAUUAAAAUGGUAAGUAGAUUAAAAAUGUAUUAUUUAAAAGUACAAAUCAGUUUUGAUAGUUGGAGAGAUGCUGAUUUUCAAUAGGUUCACGAUUUAUUAAAUGAACUUAACAUUCUACAUAGUUUUAUUAAAAUAGAUGAAGAAAAUUUGGGAGAGAUUGAUAAAAGGAAAUCAUCAUUAGUUAGAUAGUAAUUAUAAAAUGCAUAAAUUAAAAUUAAGGAAGAUUUUUAAAGAAGUCUUGAUCAUACUUUAUAGUAUCUUUAUCGUUAAGGUAAAUUUCUAUAAAUCAUGUAAUUGAAUAGAAAUAAAGAUAAUCAUGGAUUAUUAAAGAGAUUAAAACCUUAUACGAAGAAUUUCACAUAAUAAAUAUGUUUAUUAAAUCAAUUAAAUUAAAUUCCUUAAUUAGGUUGGACUGGUGAAUAUUUUGCUGAAAUUAAUGAUGAAAAAUCUACUCUAAAUAUAUUCAAAACAGUUACUGAAAUUAUGGAAGAAGUUUUCUUUAUUUCUGAAAGUUUUGGUCUUAAAUCUUAAAUCUUUCAAAAUUAUAAUAAAUAUUUACUUGCUCAACUCAUUUAUCAUUGUUCUUAAUUAAUAUAUUAUAAUCCUAUAACAAUGAGUGAAGGUAUAUUUUAAGGAUACAUGUAAAUACUUAAGGAUCAAAAUACAGAGUUGUUAAAUUGUAUUUUAUGUGUUAAAAUACUUCAUAUCUUAAUUCAUACAUAAAAUCAUUAAUAUCCAUACAUUACUAAAAAGGAAUCGAAUAACAUUUAAGGUGUUACUCAUACAAUAAUGGAAUAAUCUCUUAUAAAAUAAUUACAUUUCUAUUAUUAAUCUUUAAUACCAUUUUUUUUUGAAGAGUAUAAUUCAAAGAAUAAUUCUGAUUCUUGGUUAAAAAGUAAUCUAAUGUAUAGUCUUAUAACUGAGUUAAUCUAAGGAUAUUUUUUUAUUAAUAGUAGUUCUAAUUUGGAAUAGUUGGAUGAUGAGAAUUUAGAUACAUUUCUAAAAUCUAUUGAAGCCAAACACGCAGCAGAAGAAGCCAUAUGCAAUAAAAAUGGGUUUAUGGUUGUAGAACAUAAUUUAGCAAGAGCACGUCUUUGUCUAUUAUCUUAAAAUCAUUAAUAAUUACCUGUUAUUUUAUAAACAAUCAAUACUAAUAUGGAUUAAAUUGCAGAGGAAUUUGUAUUACAAACAGAUACUAAACCUUUAAUUCAAAUGAUUUUACUUACCACUAUUGAUAUUAUUUCAAUUGUAUAAUAUCAAUUAGGAGGAAAUUCAUUUACUUAAUUAGUUGAAUUUAAAUAAAUGCCUUGGAUUAAGAAAGAAAAAUAUGAAAGUUAUUUUGAUAUCAAAUUUAUGGUUUUAAAAAUACUAGAUUUAAAUUUAAAGAAUCAAUAAUUAGAAUUUGCAUCAGAAUUAUUAAAAUUUACUUUGAUGCUUUUUGAAAACAAAUCUUAUCUAUUUAAUUCAACUCAUUCAUCUUUUUAUUAAGCCUUACAAAUAUUCAAUGUUAAAAUCUUUGCUUUUUCUGAAGAAAUUCGUUUAAAUAUUCUCAAAGAAGAUAAAACAGAUGAAAGAUAAAUGGAAGAUCUUUUUGAACAAGUUUAAAAAGCUUAAAGUUUUACUAAAAGAACAAGUAAUUAUUUAGAAGUAAGUAAAUUAUUGUUAUCUUAAUCUCUUGAAUAAAAUGAAAUGAUAUAAAUAAAGGCAGCUUUAGCAUAAAUUGAUGCAGCUUCAUUAGAAAAUUAAGUUGUUUUAUGUUAAUUAGGAGUUAAAUUAGUUAUUUAUUAAAUGCAUACAGGAUAAUAUUCUGAAGCUGAUACAACUGCAGCAAGUGUAUCAUAAAAAUUAUUUUAAUUAAUUUAUUCAUAACUAUGUAGAGUAGCUAUUAGAUGGUAGAGUGAGAAAACAUUUUAAAAAUCAACAAAAAAAGAUUUAAAAGUAGAAGAAAUGUUUAAGAUUUUAAAUUAAACAGCUUAAAUUUAUGAAAAAUAUGAACAUAAUGUAUUAGCACUUUUAGAACCAAUAAAAGAAUUGUUUUUAAAUGUUAGAUAAUUUAAGACUUUAAAAUAAAUAAUUUUUCUUAGAACUGUAUUUUAAUAUUUAGAGAGUUUACACACUCUUGCAAUAAUGAUGAAAGGAGAUUUUAAAUUGGCAUAAGCAAAUUUAUCAUUGUAAAUAUAAUUAUUUAGUUUAGUGUUGAUAAAUUUGGUUAACAAUCUUAAGUUGAAGAGAUUAUUACACUCAAUUCAAAUAUUCAAAUGAAUCUGGAUUUGAUUAUUGCAGACUAUAUGAAAGGUAUUUAAAAAUCUUAAUUGAUGAUACAAACAAUCGAAGAUAAAUAAUAAUUAUUGAAUGUUUAAAUAAAAACAAUUAAGAAUGAAAGAGUAUAUAUAUUAAUUAAUUAAUAUAUAGUUCUUUUGUAAUUUAGAAUUUUAGAAAUACAUUGAAAUCAAAAAGCCUGAAUAAGAAUCUACAAAACCACUUGUAUUUUCUUAUGAUUAAACAUUAAUGAAAAGUGCUUUGAGACCAUACUUUGAAAUUAAUAGAUUAAAAACAGAAGCCUAUUUAUGUUAUUUAGAAUCUUCUGUUAAUGUUGCUGAUAAAUUAACUUAAGUUGUCGAUCCAAUGUUUGCAAUUUAAAAAUAUAUUUAAUAACAAUAUGGAUCUAAUCAUAUCUUUAAUGCUCAUAUCUAAAGAUUGAUAGCUGGAAUGUAUUCUGAAUUUUUGACAACAUUAAGAGUCAAAGAUUUAGAAGAAUAAUUAAUUGUAAAUAUCAUAAUUAUUAUAUUAUAAUCUAGACUGAUACUGAAGCUAAAAUAAAUGCAUUCAAAACAGAAUUAAAUGAAAAAACUAUAAAGAUUUUAGAAAGCAAAGUUAAAAAUAAAUGUACACCAGCUAUGGAAUAAAAGUACUUAGAAACAAAAUCAUUCAUUUAAUCAAAGAUAACAGUACUUGAAGGGAUUAAUGAAGGAUUAUCAAUUGAUCUAGUUUGCAGAUGGUCUUUAAUAGCAGCAAAUUAAUCCUACUAAAUUUAUAAAAGUUUUUGUUAAGAAUAUUCAUAUGAAUAUAGUCCACAAUUAGCAUAUCUUUAUUCAACUUAUUCAGAUAUAUAUUUUGUAUUAAAUUUAUAAUUUAUCAAUAGAUUCAAAGUAAAAUAGUAUCAACAAUGAAGUACUUAGAGGAAGCUAAAAGUGCCUAUGAGUUUUGUUAAACUUCUAUUUAUAAUCCCGAUUAUUGUAAACUAACUUUUAGAUAAGGAUAUUUAAGAUAAAAUAUUAUGAAUAUGAUAAAGAAUUAUGUAGAUGUUUUGAUGGGAUUAGCAUUAUUAAGUAUUUAAUUAAUCUAUUAUUAGCACCUUCUAAAAAGUUUGAAAUCCUUACUUUAAUUCUAAAAGAAGAUAAAACGUACCUCCAACAUUUUGAUAAUUAUAAAACUCAUGGAUUUGUUAGGUUUCUAGAAUAGAAUUUAUUAAAACAACUAGAAUUAGAUACAAUAUCUGGUAAAAGAUUACCAGAUUUGUAAAGAAAAGAUUAAAAGAAAUUAAUUUAAUUCUUAUAAGUCGAAGGUGAUAAAUUGGCUUUCUAAUUAACAAUUGAUUAAAAAGCAAAGGUUCCUACACACACAAUUGAACUCAUCAUUAAAGAUGGGAUAGAAACGAUCUAAAAAGAAAAAAUAAAAAUGGAUUAUUCUGGGGAAGAAUACUUCUAAAAGGUAUUAAUUAUAUAUUAUAAAGGCAUAUUAAAUUUGUAAAGCUUUAUUACCAGUAGAUAAUCCAUUAUGUUAGAAAUUAGAAUUUUAUGCAAUUAAAUAAAAAUCUAAAGCAAAAAGAAGAACUAGUACAACUUGA